AGUCCAGCCUCCCUGCCAAUGGGGGGCCGGCGUGGAGGCGAGGGCUGCAGCCCCAGGACCCCGAUAUCCGGGAGGUAGGACGGGUGUGGCUCUCGCUCCCUGCCCGCGCGUCCCGGCCAGGCGGAGCGGACUGGGGACCCGCCACCACCCUGCCUGCACUCAGCCCCGGGCAAUCCAAACUUCUCAGCCCUCCAACCUAUGGCUUAGGCUCUCCUGUCCUCCUGCCUCACACCGGGAGUCUGCAUCUUUAGCUUCUUCAGUCACAAGCAUCCAUCCUGAAGUGGCCUGUCCUUCGGCAGCCAUGUGGGCGCCCAGCCCCCGCCAGUUCUGCCUGGGCUUUCUGCUCCUCUGUGUUCUCUCAGGGAUCUCUUUUUUUCUCUACCUCAACGACAUCUUCCAAGAUACCCUUGGAUCUAUCCUGUGUCAGGACUGCCACUUGCAGGCAUCUCCAGUGGCCAUCGUAUGCCUGCCGGACACACCACUGAGCGCCAACACCUCUUCCCUUGCCCAGCACCCCUCCUCCCUCUCAGGAACCUGGACUAUCUACCCCAAAGGCCGCUUCGGGAACCAGAUGGGACAGUAUGCCACGCUGCUUGCGCUGGCCCAGCUCAACGGCCGCCGCGCCUUCAUCCUGUCCACCAUGCACACCAUGUUGGCCCCUGUGUUCCGCAUCACCUUGCCCGUGCUGGCCCCCGAGGUGGACAGCCACAUACCGUGGCAGGAGCUGCAGCUGCACGACUGGAUGUCUGAGGAGUAUUCCCACUUAGAAGACCCCUUUUUGAAGCUCUCCGGCUAUCCCUGCUCUUGGACUUUCUUUCACCAUCUCCGGGAACAGAUCCGCAGUGAAUUUACCAUCCAUGACCAACUUCGGGAGGAGGCCCAGGAUAUCCUGAGAGAGCUGCACCAGGGCCACGUGGGGUCCCAGCCACGCACCUUUGUCGGGGUCCAUGUGCGCCGUGGAGACUAUGUCCAGUUGAUGCCUAAGCACUGGAAGGGAGUGAUAGGCGACCGGAGUUACCUCCAGCAGGCCAUGGAUUGGUUCCGGGCCCGCUACAAGGACCCCAUCUUUGUUGUCACCAGCAAUGGCAUGAAGUGGUGCAGGGAAAACAUGGAUACCUCCAAGGGGGAUGUGGUCUUUGCCGGCAAUGGGCAGGAGAACACACCAGGAAAGGACUUCGCCCUGCUCACACAGUGCAACCACACCAUCAUGACCAUUGGCACCUUUGGCUUCUGGGCUGCUUACCUGGCUGGUGGCGACACCAUCUACCUGGCCAACUUCACCCUGCCAAACUCUAAGUUCCUCAGGAUCUUCAAGCCUAAGGCUGCCUUCCUGCCUGAGUGGGUGGGUAUAGAUGCCGAUUUAUCUCCACUCCAGGCACCCAAAAUAUAGGCCGGGGUCUUGGAAGGACCUAGGGAGACUUUACAUGCAGAUCAGAUCAAUCUAAAGCCACUCUCUGGAGGCCUGGUAGCUUUUGGAUAAGCCAGUGGGGUGGUCCCAUUUCCAGUUCGAUUCUAGUUGGCCAGACUUGGAAAGGAGGAGGGGCUUUCUGGAAGUGCUAGAAGUUCUAGAACCAGUGUCAACUUCUUUCUCUUUCUUUCUUCCUUCUUUUUUUCCUUCCUUCCUUCCUUCCUUCCUUCCUUCCUUUCUUGUUGAAUUUUUGAGACAGGGUCUUACUAUGCAAUUCAGACUGGCCCUGAACUCACUUUGUAUUUUAGGCUAGCCUCAUACUCGCAGCCAUCCUCUGCUUCAGCCCCCGAAUGCUGAGAUUACAGGCAUAUGCCACCAUGCUUGGCUGGAAUACCUAUUCCUAGUGGUUAGCAAUGUCCAGAGAAGCUUGUGGUAGCUCCAGCAGCUAUAGGAGCCCCCUCUGCUCUUUCCUGCCCAUAUCCCUAAGACUUCUGGGUGGCUGCUUGCCUGUCUUUAUCUUAUCUACACAAGGUGUUAUUUUUCCCCCUGGGUCUUCAGAAGACUGGAGGAAUUCAUGAGUUAUCUAGAGCAAGCAUGCACCUACAUUUUUGAGUGUUUCUAGAGGAGAGUUUGUUCUAGAGAGGGCCAGGUCUAAAGCCUGUAAAGAACCCUGCAAGGCCCUUCUGGAAGGGGACAGGAUCCCCUUCCACUCUAGGGAAGGAUCUAGAAGCCAUAAUUGGAAGGAAGCUUAGCACCUUAUCACUGCCAGAAAGAUGGGGACAGGGCAUUCUUGUGCUCUGUUCAGAGCAUGGGGAGUAGCUAGGGAGUUGUGUGCAUAGCCAAACUCUGUUCAACCCUCAGCCCAGGAAAAAUCUUCACAGUUGAGUUUUGAGUAGGCAGCCUAAAUUGUGUGUGUGUGUGUGUGUGUGUGUGUGUGUGUGUGUGUGUGAGAGAGAGAGAGAGAGAGAGAGAGAGAGAGAGAGAGAGAUACAA